AAUAAACCCAUAACAACUCUAAAGCAGCUGCUACUCAUAGAAACAAAUUAACAAAAAAUAGCUUAAUUUGUAGCUUUAAAUAAUUCGACAUGUCCGAGGACGAUAACUGGUCGGUAAGUUGUUUCGAUACAACUGACUGGAUGCCUUCACCGGAAGAGCUAGAAACGGCGUACUGUGCACUGGAAAAGGGAACCUACACGCUCGACCUCAACUGGAAAAACCCUGGACGCAGAGCACCUUCUCCGGUUAAAAAGGACGAACCAAAAGUUACCGAAAUAGUUGACAAGGAAGCGGCGGCUAAAAACAAAGAGUUCGAUUUCAUGGAUGACGUCGCGUUGCCACAGAUGCGAGUCCGCGGUCAAACUUCCGGCCCGAAAGGGUCCGCCAAAAAGAAGACAACCAACUUUGCCGGUGUGCUGGAUCACAUGAAGAAGCACGGCCGGUUAACACAGUCCAAGGAUAGUUCGAGCACGUAACCGGCGGGAACGCGGACCGGAUGGUGGUGUUAAUGUUUCACACACAACCCUGUUUGAACGGUGCUCGGUAGUGUCGGUUGUGGUCGGGUAGAUAUUUUUAAGCAACGUAUGUCGUGAACUGCAGGAUCGAAAAUAUUCGCGACCAUGUGGUCACAACCCGUUGAACCACGUCAAUCAUGCAACGGUGCCAGCAUAGUGAAAGGUUGGUCAAUGCGAGGGGAGAAGGUCAGCAAGGGACAAAUUAAUAGAUCGAUCGACCGUUAAACGACAGUAAACAGUUUAUAAAUAAAAUUUACGACGAAGGUUUUACGCUUGCUGCCAAACAUCGGUGGCAGGAAGAGCGAGCAUAUUUGACCCAUGCCUCCCCUUUCGUAUAUAGCAGGUGUUAUUGUAAUAAUUCACACAGCACGAUAAUAUUUUACAAAAAGACAAAUUUUAAUAUAGCACCAUAAACUUAAGUAUUUUAA